AGCACCAAGAGAUACUGGCCAGACCAGCAUCCAGGAAGGUAUAAAAGCCCAUUGGGGCCAGGUGGCCUCAAACCUCAGCUGACUGCCGGCCCACGCUCGAUCUCUUUGUCCUCCUCAGAAGCUACCAUGGGACUCAGCGACGGGGAAUGGCAGCUGGUGCUGAAGGUCUGGGGGAAGGUGGAAUCCGACCUUGCUGGCCAUGGGCAGGAAGUCCUUAUCAAGUUGUUUAAAAAUCACCCCGAGACCUUGGAGAAGUUUGACAAGUUCAAGAACCUGAAGUCGGAGGAUGAGAUGAAGGGCUCGGAGGACCUGAAGAAGCAUGGCAACACUGUGCUCACGGCCCUGGGGGGCAUCCUGAAGAAGAAAGGGCAGCACGCUGCAGAGAUCCAGCCCCUGGCCCAGUCACAUGCCACCAAGCACAAGAUCCCCAUCAAGUACCUGGAGUUCAUCUCGGAAGCCAUCAUCCAGGUCCUGCAGAGCAAGCACCCCGGAGACUUUGGUGCAGAUGCCCAGGGCGCCAUGAGCAAGGCCCUGGAGCUGUUCAGGAAUGACAUUGCUGCCAAGUACAAGGAGCUGGGCUUCCAGGGCUAGGCUUGCCACACGGCCAGCACCAGCCCACCAAGCUGGGCCCAACAUCGUCGUGUAGCUAGUAGAGUGUGCAGUGUCUUAGGUUAGCAGAGGGACAGAAGAGAGGAGCGUAGGGUGGCAUCCAGCAUCCACACACCUGAGGACAGGGCUCCAGGUGGCGUCACCAUGGGACCCAGAGGUGCAAAGUGGUCUCUGCUUCCAUUGCUCUAUUGAGUCGUCCUCAGGUCUCCUGUCACUUAAGUCCCGACCCACUUCCUCCUGGUUUCCAGGAAGACCCCUUCCUCCACUAUUACCUUUGACCACAAAUCCAAGUCACUGACUACCAGACCCAGACCUUUGAAUGCGGUAGAGGGUGGCAUAGCAUGAGUGGCUGUCAGAGGGAGGCCACUGGGCAUCUGGAAGUCACCUGCCACUCGGGUACCCACUGACUCACCUGGUUUCAAUAAAAGACCCUGUGACUCCUCA